GUGGGGGAGGUGGCGGUUACGGCGAAAAAGGCCAAUAGAAAACGCGGGCUGAGGGGAGAUCGUGGCAGAUCUCGCCGUCGCUGUCUGGCCGCGUCGCUCCUGGAUUGCAGCCCAGCCUUGGCCCGCAAUCCAUGCGCGCUUUCCGGCCGCGCUCGCGCCACCCACCGAGAUCGAUCAGGCAGCUGCCCGCCCGGUAUAUAUAUACCCCGCCUUAUCCCUCCCCUCCAUCGAUCGCCCGGCAGGGGAAAGCUUAGUUAGCGAAGCCAACUAGCCGAAGUUGCACGCGUAAUUGCGGCCGGCUUCCGUCGAAGAGUACUGAAGCUCGGCCAGCAAAGGCCACGAGCUACAGGGAGUACCUGGCCGGCCGGCCGGUGUAACUAAGUCGUCGUGGAACCGUGUGGGUACAGUGUUCACGAGUCUCGAGGUGUUUGUCUGCAGCGCGCCCGCGUGCUAAGUUGAGGACGUACUCGCGGCCUGCAGUAGUGCUGACUUCGCGCUUCACCGAGCCUUGGUGGAUCUGCAGUUCUGCACGCGCGAAGGCGAUUUGUCAACUAACUUGCGUCACCUAUAUGACUUUGAUCAGUGGAAGAAGAUGAACGCUUUCUCCCAUGUCCCCCCUGGUUUUCGUUUCCACCCCACCGAUGAGGAACUGGUGGAUUACUACCUGAGGAAGAAGGUAGCGUUUAAGAGCAUAGACUUGGACAUCAUAAAAGAUGUUGAUUUGUACAAAAUCGAGCCAUGGGAUAUACAAGAACAAUGCAAGAUCGGAACCGAAGACCAGAACGACUGGUUUUUCUUCAGCCACAAGGACAAGAAGUACCCGACGGGCACUCGCACCAACAGAGCAACCACUGCCGGUUUCUGGAAGGCCACCGGAAGAGACAAGCCGAUCUACGUCAAACACUGCCUCGUCGGGAUGAGGAAGACGCUGGUUUUCUACAAGGGCCGGGCUCCCAAUGGGCAGAAAUCAGAUUGGAUCAUGCACGAGUACCGCUUGGAGACCAGCGAAAAUGGAGCUCCCCACGACGAAGGAUGGGUGGUCUGCAAGGUGUUCAAGAAGCGAGUCGCGACGGUGCAGAGAAUGUCAACGGACUCGCCCUUCUGGGUCAACGACCACGUGGCGUUCGUGGCGCCUCACGUCGACUCGCCGAGGCAAGCUAUGCACCAUCUCCAGAACGCGUUGUACAAUGGCCACCAACAGAGCUACUACAACCACCACCCUUGCAAGGUGGAGCUGGAGUACCAUCACCUCCUUCCCCAAGAGCCCAUGAGCUUCCUGCAGCUCCCCCAGCUAGAGAGCCCCAGGCUUCCGGACCUCAUUGGCGCUGUGGCCACUCUCCAGCAACCGUCCAUCCUAACACGCCACGGUGACCAAGCUUCUUCUCAACAACUUCAGAUCGACCCGGUGUAUGCGACGGACGCAUCCGCUGCCGCGGAUUGGAGGGAUCUCGACAAGUUCAUGGCGUCUCAGCUCAUCAGCCACGGCGAGUCCAAUCUUGCCAAGGCGUUUCAGGUGGAGCAGGGGAAACAAGAAGAGGCAUUGGAUUAUGUGUCGACGUCUGCCUCCGGCGGAGGCGGAAAUGAUUUGUGGAAAUAACCGCGUGCAUGAUGGGUUUACACAUACUGAUACUAACACACAUCACUUUGUACAGCUUGAUAUACAACAUUGUGGUGUGAUAUGUGAUUAAAUGUGCGUAUAGAUAGCUAGCCAUGCCAUCAUUAUUAAGUGGUAUGGGCAAAUAAAAAGUAUGACCGAAUUGGUCAUGCAAAGUUUGGCGCCGGGUUUGCAGGUCUGAUGUAUCGGUCCGGGAGUAAAUGUUUGUCUAAUUAAUCAAGGUCGUUCACACAACUUUUGUGUAUAUUA